AUGGAGUACACGUCUUCCCCGAAACCGCAGCUCUCAUCCCGGGCGAAUGCUUUCUCCAUAGCCGCCCUGAUGUCCAGCGGGAAGCCAAGUAAGGACAAGGAGGCGGAGGAGAACACCAUCAAACCGCUCGAGCAGUUCGUGGAGAAGUCGUCCUGUAACCAGCCGACUCUGGCCGACCUGUCCUCUCUGGACGGGCACGGGGACUUCAGCGGGAGCGCGCCCGCGGUCUGCACCGAGCCGCUCAUCCCCACCAAUCCCGGCAUCCCCAGCGAGGAGAUGGCCAAGAUCUCGUGCAGCCUGGAGACCAAAGAGCUGUGGGACAAAUUUCACGAGCUCGGUACCGAGAUGAUCAUCACCAAAUCUGGAAGGAGGAUGUUCCCCACCAUCCGGGUAUCUUUCUCCGGGGUGGACCAAGACUCCAAGUACAUCGUGUUGAUGGACAUCGUGCCGGUAGACAAUAAGCGGUACCGGUACGCCUACCACCGCUCCUCAUGGCUGGUGGCCGGCAAGGCUGACCCUCCUCUGCCCGCCAGGUUGUACGUUCACCCGGACUCACCGUUCACCGGAGAGCAGCUGAUGAAACAAAUGGUUUCCUUCGAGAAAGUCAAACUGACGAACAACGAGCUGGACCAACACGGACAUAUCAUCCUGAACUCCAUGCACAAGUACCAGCCGAGGGUCCACAUCAUCAAGAAGAAGGACCACACCGCCUCGCUGCUCAACCUCAAGUCUGAGGAGUUCCGCACCUUUGUCUUUGUGGAGACUGUCUUCACUGCCGUCACGGCCUAUCAGAACCAGCUGAUCACCAAACUGAAGAUCGACAGCAACCCGUUCGCUAAAGGUUUCCGGGACUCGUCGCGGCUCACAGACAUGGAGAGGGAAAGUGUUGAGAAUCUGAUCCACAAGCACUCGUACGCCAGGUCGCCGAUCCGGACCUACGCCGGCGACGAGGAAAACCUGAGCGAGGACGGACUCUCGGUACACGCCAGAGGCUCUGCGUUCACCGCCUCAGACAACCUUUCCUUGAGCUCCUGGGUCACCACCACCUCAGGCUUCUCGGGCUUCCAGCACCCACAGACCCUGUCGGCCAUGGGCACGGGAGCCGGCUCCCUGCCCCACCCCAUCCAAGGCUCCCUGCCCCCCUACAGCCGGCUGGGCAUGCCGCUGACACCCACCGCUCUGGCUGGGACCAUGCAGGGCAGCGGGCCCUCCUUCCCGUCCUUCCACAUGCCCCGCUACCACCACUACUUCCAGCAGGGGCCCUACGCCGCCAUCCAGGGACUCCGCCACUCCUCCACCGUCAUGACGCCGUUUGUAUGACUCAAUCCAUGGGGAGGAGAUGGGAAAUCCUCACUCUGAUACUCAGACA